AUGAGUUGCUUGAAAAAUUAUUGGUACAAAGCUGCUUUCUUUGCAUAUCAUGUGGGAUAUGAUUCAAAGAAAGGUUGUUUAAUAUUGUCUGAAGUAUUGUUGCUUAUAAAUAAUGAUGGAGCAGUUGAUAACAUUACUGUAUUUCUUAAAGUGCACAAAUCAACAGAUUCUACUCAAAAGAAAUCAACGCGUGUCAAAAUUAUAUUGGGAUCCAGUCUUGGAGCUUUCUUUGGCAUAUUUUUUAUGGUUGCCUUCUGUUUUUUCCUUUUCACAAACAAACAAGAAUCCGAAGAAUUUGAUGAGUUCUUUGUUGAUCAAGUACUAGAGAUGUCUACUAGAUUCUCUUACGAAGAGUUGAAAGCCAUGACAAGCAAUUUCGAUAAAAAGCUUGGAGAAAAAGGAUUUGGGUCAUUGUUUCAAGGGACAUUAAUUGAUGGCACUAACAUAGCAGUGAAGUGUCUCAAUGGUUUUGGUCAAGUUAAGAAGUCAUUCUUAGCUGAAGUUGAGACAAUAGACAACAUUUACCAUGUCAAUUUGUUUACGUGUACAUAUCCAAUGGAUCCUUGGAUGCAUGGAUCUUCCAAAGGAACCAAGAGCAGAAGGAAGAUCAUCAUGGAUAUAGCCAAAGGACUAACCUAUCUCCAUGAGGAAUGUUGGAAAAAGAUAUUUCACUUGGAUAUCAAACCCCAAAACAUCCUCUUAGAUGAAGACUUCAACGCCAAAAUUUCUGAUUUUGGAUUAUCAAAACUAAUUGAUAAGGACCAAAGCCAAGUUGUAACAAUGAUGAGGGGAACACCAAGCUAUUUGGCUCCCGAAUGGUUGAGCUCAAUUAUCACCGAGAAAGUAGAUGUUUAUAGCUUUGGUGUCGUAGUCUUGGAAAUGUUGUGUGGGCGCAAAAAUUUGGAUAGGUCUCAACCUGAAAAAGAUAUGCAUCUACUAGAUCUGUUUAAGAUGAAAGCAGAAUAUGAACGAUUUCUCGAUAUCGUUGAUAAAUACAAUGAUGACAUGCAAACACAUAAAGCAGAAGUUGUGGUGAUGAUGAGGGUUGUCGUGUGGUGUCUACAAAGUGAUUUUUCCAUGAGGCCUUCCAUGUUGGUGGUGGUUAAGGUCUUGGAGUGUGGCACCAAAAGCAAUCACAAUUGGUGGUCACCAAGGGAAUCACAUUGA